CCAUGGCCCUCUUCACAAGAACCAGCAGUCAUCCUAACACCACCGACCCCGUUCCCUGUGGGGCAAACAACACUACAGAGCCCGACCUGCCACACUCGCAUGCCUACUACGCCCUCUGCUACUGCAUCCUGAUUUUGGCCAUCAUCUUUGGGAACGUGCUGGUCUGCUUAGCCGUGCUGAGGGAACGCACCUUGCAAACCACCACAAACUACCUUGUGGUGAGCCUGGCGGUGGCGGACUUACUGGUGGCUACUUUGGUGAUGCCAUGGGUGGUGUACCUGGAGGUGACCGGAGGAGUCUGGACCUUCAGCCGCAUCUGUUGUGAUAUCUUCGUCACCAUGGAUGUAAUGAUGUGCACAGCGAGCAUUUUAAACCUCUGUGCUAUCAGCAUUGACAGAUACACUGCAGUGGUGAAACCAGUUCAGUACCAGUACAGCACCGGGCAGAGCUCCUGCAGGAGGGUCUCUCUCAUGAUUGUGAUAGUCUGGAUGCUGGCAUUCGCAGUGUCGUGCCCUCUCCUCUUCGGCUUCAAUACUACAGGGGAUCCCAGUGUCUGUUCCAUAUCCAACCCUAGUUUCAUCAUCUACUCCUCUUUGGUGUCCUUCUACCUCCCCUUCAUGGUGACCCUGCUGCUCUAUGUCCGGAUUUACCUCGUGCUAAGACAAAGACAAAAGAAGCGAACCCUCACCCGGCAGGGCAGCCACAGCGCCAGCACCAAACCGUGUUAUGCACACAAAGAACACAUGGAGAGAAAAGCUUUGCCAAACAGAAGCCAAGGCACCUUUUCCCCCUGUCUCCCACUCAAAUGCUCAGGCCAGGAGACAUCUACCAAAAGGCAGCUGCUGACCGUCUUCAGCCUGCAGCGGUACCGCAGCUUCUGCCACGAGGCAUCCCUCACCAAGACACCAGGGACUACACAACACAGCAGGCUGGAAGAGAGGAGAAAGAGUACGAAGCCAGGACUGGAGGUACGGACGCUCAGCGAUGGCAAAACCAUCAGCUCUUUGAAGCUGGCGCAGCAGCAGCCCCGGCUGAUCCAGCUUCGGGAGAGGAAGGCUACGCAGAUGCUGGCUAUCGUCCUGGGGGCAUUCAUAGUCUGCUGGCUGCCCUUCUUCUUGAUUCACAUUCUCAAUGCCCACUGCCCGUCCUGCCACGUGCCCCCAGGGCUUUACAGUGCCAGCACCUGGCUUGGCUACGUGAACAGCGCUCUCAACCCCAUCAUCUACACAACCUUCAACACCGACUUCCGCAAAGCCUUCCUCAAGAUCCUCUGCUGCUGACCGCGGGGCCGGCA